UUCAGAUAUUUUUAUGAUAAAAAUUGGAGUGGAGUUGCAACCAUAGUGAAAUUGAUGAUACAAGAGCUCCUGCUCUUCCCAUACAGCAGAUAAGCCACGCAAAAUUACACUAACCACCCAAAAUUUUGCCACCCACAGAUAGGCCACUACUGGGUUUUUGUGGACAACUUCAUCAAUUCAAAUUCACCUGCCAGUUCUCCGAUUUUGUGGGUUGAUCAUAGCCGGAAAACCUUCGCCGCCUUAGAGCUCUGAGGAGUUUGGUCUCAACUGAAAAGGUUUUCUGCAAUCACGGGUACUUCAUAAAUCAGAGCUUUCAAGGUGUUUUUUUUUUUUUUUUCUUCCCCUUUUGGUUCAUCAACAUCAUAGAAGGAGCUUUGAGCUUUAUCUCUGAACUUGAAUGAACUCUUUCCCGGCAACCAUUGGUAGUUUCAGAAAUUAGCAUUUCCAAAGGGUUUCUUGUUCCCCUUUCGUUUCUGGGUUUCAUAGAGGAUGCUUCUGAGCCCAAACUCCGGGCGUAAUCGAAGAGUUUUCACUGCCUUUAAUGGCCUGUUCAUAAACUAGAAUCUUUCAGGUGUUCUACAAAAUUUUUCUGAUCAGGGUGUAUAUGAAAAGUUAUCUGGUGAUCAGAGGCUGUUUUCUUAAUUAAGAACUCCACGGCAGCUCCUUUUUUUCAACACAAUAUGGAAAUGAGUUUGACGCGUUUGCAACCGAGUCACAAUCCGGUCAAAAAGCUAAAAUCAAUCCCUCUUCCCGAUAAACCGUGCGAGAUCUUCGCGAUUCUCGCGAGAAUUUUCAUCCUCUUCUGCCUCGUCUCCUCAAUCUCGCUCAUCUUCUACACCACUUUCUUUCCCCAAACCCACUCGCUACAUUUCCCCGCUCCAAAACGGACCGCACCAGAACCCAAGCCUGAACACGAAUUCGGACCCACUAACAUUUCCCAUAUCCUCUUCGGCAUUGGCGGAUCAGCCGCGACAUGGAACGAUCGCAGCCGAUAUAGCUCUCUCUGGUGGGAUGCCAAAAAAACCCGAGGUUUCGUCUGGCUGGACGAAAUUCCUGGUGACAAAAACAACAGCUUCAGAAUAUCGGCACCGCCGUAUCGGCUUUCGUCUCCGGAAUGGACUCGGUUCAAAUUCUCGAGCUCAAGAUCGGCGGUGAGAAUCGCAAGGAUUAUAAGCGAUAGCUUUAAAUUGAAUUUGCCUGACGUGAGGUGGUUCGUGAUGGGAGACGAUGAUACGGUGUAUUUCACAGACAACUUAGUUUCGGUGUUAGCGAAAUAUGAUCACCAUCAGAUGUGGUACAUUGGAGGGAAUUCUGAGAGCGUGGAGCAGGAUGUGAUGCACACAUAUGGUAUGGCAUUUGGUGGUGGAGGAUUCGCCAUCAGCUAUCCGUUGGCGGAGAAAUUGGUUAAAAUACUGGACGGUUGUCUCGAUCGGUACUAUUAUUUCUACGGCUCUGAUCAGAGGAUAUGGGCGUGUAUCAGUGAGAUCGGUGUGCCGCUUACAAGAGAACAAGGAUUCCACCAGUUCGAUAUUAGAGGGAGUGCAUAUGGUCUUCUGGCAGCACACCCAAUAGCCCCAUUGGUAUCCCUCCACCACCUUGAUUAUGUGGAUUCAUUGUUCCCAUACAAGAACCAAAUGGACUCCCUCAAGUCUCUUAAUCGUGCAUACCAGUUAGACCCACCCCGUAUCCUUCAACAAACCUUCUGCCAUGACAAGAAUCGCAAAUGGUCAGUAUCAAUAGCAUGGGGCUUCACUGUUCAGCUUUACCCCUUGCUACUGCCAGCCAAGGACCUGCAAACUCCAUUGCUGACAUUCAAAACAUGGAGGAGUUGGAGUGCUGGACCAUUCACAUUCAAUACCCAACCCAUGAAGUCCAACCCAUGUGAACUUCCUGUUGUUUUUAUGCUGGAGCAGGCUGAGGAAGUGGGCCAGAGUGGGUCCCUGACUAGGUACAAGAGGCUUGAGCCUUGGCCAGGGAAGAAGUGUAACAGAACAGAUUAUGCAGAAGCAAUGUCAUUGCAGAGAAUUGUUGUAUCAGCACUGAAAUUAGACCCGGAAUUCUGGACUAAGAAUCACGAGAGGCGAAGACAGUGCUGUGAUCUUAGAGGCAUAAAGAAAAGCAAUAUGCAGAUUAGGAUUAGAAAAUGCAGGCCUUGGGAAACUACUACUACUGAGAGGUAAUGUACUUAAUUAAUGGGCUGCUUAAAAUAAAAAAUAAAAGCCUAAGAGUGACAGUACCUCCAUAGUACAACAUAUAGUGGUAAAGUGCAAGAUUUCCACGCCAACAAAGAGAACAAUGAUUUAUAGAGCACCUAUAUUCGUAAAAGUGGUGGUCCACUAAAACCAAUUUUGCAGUGGAAAUGUGCCUAAGGUUUUAGUGUGGAUGGCUGUAGUUGAAUCACCCUAGAUGAGGCAGAAAAGGGUAAAUUCAAGCUUUACAGCACUUUAAAACAUAAUUGAAUAUAUCAACCAUCCAAAAUCGUAUUGACAGUUAGGAAAAUGGGAUAUUGAAAAGGUGAAGAAAGGGCAUUUAAUUGAUUUGUAAUGAUAAAUAGCUGAAUUAGCCCCAUUAAAUGAGGUGAAAUUUGAAAUUAUGAGUACUGUGACUCUGUCAGAGUUUGCUAGGUGCGCCACUAUACAAUUUUGAGGGUUGUUCAACUCAGUGGACCAUUUUACUCGUUGAAUCUUUAUUGGAAGAUAGAAACGCCAUAGUGCUUGUAGUUGGGUUGUGUGAUUCAAUCCUUCUCUAGGUAAAGCGGCUCUUUUUUGGUGGAUUCAUCUUUGGAUUCCACUUGUGAUUGGUCCAACUGUUACAAUCCCCCUAAAUAGCACCUAUUCUUCUAAUUGCUCGUUUAUUUCUACGAUAGUUUUUUGGAAUUAGAAUCCUUUUCUUUGUUAGGAUCCCAUAUCACUACGGUACAGUGAGAGUUUAACAAGUUUUUAGACAUUCUCCCCUUACAAGUUGAUUUUCAAGGGUGUGUUUUACUUAGAUAAUUUAUCCCUCACGUGACUCAAUUUUAGUGGUUCAUGAUGUUCAACCGUGCAUAUCACUCUUCUAUGUCUAAUUAUGUCCACAAAGUAUAAGUCUUUAUGUAUAUGCUCUGGGACAUCAGAGUUUUAUAUCAGAGUUUUGAUAGUAGUUAGAUAUUUGGUAAGGUUAGAUGAGGACAAUGUUCUUUCUCGUGGAGUCAUUAUUCUCUCCAAGAAGAUGCACUUGAUGGGGUGUAUAGCACAUCCGCCUAUAAAGAGCUCAGGAUCCAUGUUACUUCCCGAUGUAGGAUAAGUGUCUCAUCUUGUGACACUCUCCCCCCACCUAAUUCCGACAACGCUCUCAUUGCCGCCAGCCACCCUACCUAUCUUAAUCUGUUGAGGUAUUUGGCGUGAGUUGGGAUCCAUGUUACUUCCUGAUGUAGGACAAGUGUCUCAUCUUGUAAUACUCUCCCCCUACCUGAUUCCGACAACGCUCUCGUUGCCACUAGCCACCCUACCUAUCCCAAUUUGUUGAGGUAUUUGGCGUGAGUUGGAAGAGGCCUAAUCAGCUCUGAUACCACUAUUAUCACGAGUUAUUACCCUCUCCCCAAAAGAUACACCUAAUAGGGUGUGCAGCACACCAGCUUAUAAGGAGUCCAGAACCCGUUCCUUUCUAAUGUGGUACAAGUGCCUCCUCUUUGUGACACCUCUUACUGUAGAUUUUGAAAUCGAGUGUUUUGGUCAAAUAUCUUACUCUUAUUGUCCAAUUGGUGAUUCUAACUUCUCAAGUCGCUUUCCGUGAAGAAUCUUCAUGGUAUACCUCAAGAGUUAAAUUGACAAUCAAGUCUAUUUUCUA